CGAGGCAGCAUGGACAGGGAGAGGCAUUUAACAAUAAUAAUAACAUCAUCGCGGAGCGGAGGGAGCUGCCCAUCCAUCCAUCCCCUGACAAGCCACCGGUGUGGCGCUGCUGUGAUCAGACCCCGAUGUGACAGAAGCAGGUACAUCUGACAACCUGUACACAAGACAUGGACGGCUUCCCGCGAUCUGCCUACCAGGACACCAGCGCGCCCUCUCCUCUCUCCAGCCGAGGAGAUGAGCUGGGAUCGGACGGAGACUUAGGAGCUAACAGUCCUAUAGCAGUCCUGUGUCCCCGGGACUCCGAGAUGGACACGGACACCGGGAGCCUAGGAGGUGACGAGGAGGAGGAAGAAGAGGAGAGGCCAGGCUUGGAGAGGGGCGAGGAGGGCACCGAUGGGGCUGUGCUGGGCUGCCCAUCAGCUGAAGGUGGCAAAGCCAAGACUUACACCCGGCGCCCCAAGCCACCUUACUCCUACAUCGCCCUCAUAGCCAUGGCCAUCAGAGACUCUGCCACCGGCCGCCUCACCCUUGCCGAGAUCAAUGACUACCUGAUGAAGAAGUUCCCAUUCUUCCGUGGUCAGUACACGGGCUGGAGGAACUCGGUCAGGCACAACCUGUCUCUCAAUGACUGCUUUGUCAAAGUCCUCCGAGACCCAUCUCGGCCAUGGGGGAAAGACAACUACUGGAUGCUGAAUCCGAACAGCGAAUACACCUUCGCGGAUGGGGUGUUCAGGCGCAGAAGGAAGAGGCUCAACAGGACCACCAAGUGCCUUAAAGACCACGAGCUCCAAGGGCUUCCUGAGCAUCAUCAGCACCACUCAAUGAGUCCACCAGCAAGUCAAGGACCAGUGGCAUCAUCUGGAAUGCUACCACCUUCCUCACCAUCCUCCUCUGUCCAUCCAUCUUCCAGCAACAAGGACACCAGUCCAGGGACUAAAUUCUCCAGUUCCUUCGCUAUUGACACCAUCUUGAGUAAUCCCUACCAAAAACGGGAGUCAUCAGAGAUGGACAAGUCUACAGGUGGGAAGCUGAUGUGGCCAACAGGUGCAUUGCUCCAUUCUCCUGCUUCAGUUCCUUCUUACCCACUCCUAUCCUACUCUCCAUCAUCUGCACUGCCUCACCCAUCAGCCUUAUUCCCCUUUAGCCAUCUAAAUGGCUCAUCCUUGCACUUACAACUCUAUAGGUAUUGUAUGCCUGAAGCUCUGUUGCUGCUAAUGGAUCCUAGAAGUGAAGGACAGCAGUUGUCUGCAGAUCCCAGAGAAGAUCAGCAGCAUAGCCGGCGUGCCCCAUCACUUCACCCCCAUCUCUUGGCACACCCCAGUUCCUCUAAGACCUAUUCAGAACACCUGGGGAACAAUGAGAUCCUGUGCACCAUGCGCUCCCCUGGACCUUACCUUCCCUACCGGCCAGAGACAUUGCUAGCCUGACAGCCAAUGGGGGGAAUGGGUUAGGGAAGGUUCAGCUUUAGUAUCCCCAUCACAGCUGUGGGUACUGAUGUAGCUUCAACCUGUGGAGGCAUCAUUUAUUUCCAAAGAGUCAACCACAUGUUCCUCAUGAAGUCACUUAAUGGACUACAUUUGGGUAAUGCAACUUGAUACAUUUCUGUUUUUUUUACACUCAAUAUAAUAUAAAAAACAAUGUGUGGCUUUAUUUUAUAUGUGCCUUGCUAUGGUUUACCUUCCCUAGUUCAGGGUUCUCUCUAAAACUGCCAAUAGGCCCAAUUCACGAAAAUUAAUACUCCUGGAUAAGCAUCCUUAUUUUUGAAAAAGUGAGUUCUUUUUGAGAAAUUGGUCACAUGAGUAAAAAUAAAGUUGCUUAUCUUUGUGCUAAAGUUUUUUUUGUGAAUUGGUCCUGAUAUAAGGAAUUUAGGGUCUGAUUUACUAAAACUGGAGAGUGCAAAAUCUGGUGCGGCUCUGCAUGGUAGCCAAUCGGCUUCUAAUUUCAGCAUGUUUAAUUAAGCCUUGACAAUGAAACGCGGAAGCUGAUUGGUUUGUAUGCAGAGCUGCACCAGAUUUUGAACUCUCCAGUAAAUCGACCCCAUAGACCCCUAUGGCAUAUCAACUGUAUGAUGAAACUGGAAGCCAUAGGUCUAGUCUAGAGCUCCAAAUUCCUUAGUAAUGUGAUUGUAAUUCUUCUUAAAGUGGAGGUUCACGCAAAAACGCAAUUUUUAACAUUAGAUUGAGGCUCGUUUUGUGAAGGGGAAUCA